AUGCCAGCCCUUCCAGUCCAUCACCGUGCGCUUGGGGGAGUACUCCGUGAGUGCUUCGCCCCUGAACAUCAUUGCAAGCGGGGGGCAAGAGGUCCGCUUGUGCCGGAACCUGAACCCGCUUUUCCGCAGCACGUACAUCAUGUACUGCAACUAUGGUGA